AUGAUUGAAACAUGUUUAGAAUAUUAUCAGAAUAAUAAAAUCGAAUUAGAAAAAAUUAAAACUUUUCACGACACAUAUAAACCAGAAGAUGCUAUCAUAUGGUAUACCAAAGAUUCUUUCGUUUACCGUCUGAUUAAUAAAGCAUUAAGAACAGAAGAUAUUGAUCUUUUAUAUUUGUUUCGAUUUUACAUUGUUGAUCUGUGUUUGCAGCUGGAACAUGAACGUCUCUCUAUAACACCAUUAACAGUUUAUCGUUGUCAAAUUAUGUCACGUGAAGAGUUUGAACAAUUCGAAACAGGAAUGUUAAUUUCAACAAAUACAUUUUUUUCAACAACACGUAAACUAAAUAUUGCAUUAGCAUUUAUUUCUAAUGCAUUAAAUACAAGUGAACAAGUUGCCGUUUUAUUUGACAUUAAAAUUGAAUUUGGACUAACGUGUAUUGUUGUUUGUGAUGUUGAUAAAUAUAGUGAAAUGUCGGGCGAGAAUGAAAUUUUAUUUAGUAUUGGUACUGUUUUUAAAAUCAACUGUAUGACGUUUGAUAUGGACCAAAAUGCUUUUAAAAUCGUAAUGACAGCAACAGAUAACGGUUUCGAUAAAGUUCAAGAACAUAUCACAGCGACAUAUGAACAAUUUUCAUACAUGCAAAAACCAAUAUUAUUCGGACGUCUUCUGAUAAACAUGGGAGACUACUUAAAAGCCGAACGUUAUUACAAUUUGAUGUUAGAAUCGGUUGAAAAAGAUUCUUUAGAUGCAGCUGAUAUUAUACAUGAAACAGCUAAUAUUAAUUAUCUUAAAGGCCAGUUCACAAUCGCAUUAUUAAAGUACAAAUAUGCUUAUGAUAUUCGUAAAAAAUAUUUAUCUGAUACAAAUCAUCCAAACAUUGCUAAAUCACUUAUUACUAUUGGCAACGUUUUCUAUAAUAGUAAGAGUUAUGACUGUGCCAUUGAGAAAUAUAAACAAUCGCUUGCGAUUUAUCAUAGUAUUUAUAUGAAUGAGGAUCAUUCAAACAUUUCUAAAGUAUUAAUAAAUCUAGGUAAAGCAUACAUUGGUAAAAAUGAACAUAAAAUUGCUUUAGAUUAUUUAACAAAAGCAUUACAAAUAAGUCGACGUAUUUUACCAUUGAAUCAUCAAGAUAUUGGUGAAUGUUUCGAAGCUAUUGGCUUAGCAUAUAAAAGCCUUUCGGACUAUAGUACUGCACCCCAGUAUUAUAUUCAAGCAUUUGAUGUAUAUGCUGAAACUUUGCCAAUCGAACAUCGAAGGCUUUCUCGAGUAUUCAAUGGUAUUCUCGAUGUGAUAAUAUAA